AAGGGUUUGACACCAGAAAAGGCGAAAGAGUAUUUGGCUCGGGACGGACCCAACGCACUGACACCGCCUAAGACAACACCCGAAUGGAUCAAGUUUUGCAAGAACCUGUUCGGAGGGUUUGCAAUGUUGCUAUGGAUCGGCGGUGUCCUAUGCUUUGUCGCCUACUCUAUACAGGCCGGCACUUUCGAGGAGCCCCCGGACGACAAUUUAUAUUUAGGGUGUGUUUUGGUGGCGGUGGUUAUGGUGACCGGAAUCUUCUCCUACUAUCAAGAGGCCAAGAGCUCUAAGAUAAUGGAGUCGUUCAAGAAUAUGGUGCCCCAG